CCAACCCCCAUUUAACCCAAAAAAAUGAAGAAGGACCAACAUGCGCAUGCGCAUUAUAACGAGCUGAUUUAUUUUGAAGGGGCAUGGCGGAAAUCAAAAGUGGUUUCAACAAAAAGGUUCGCGCGUCAACCAGGUAAAACCUUCCUCUGUUUCUGCUUCGACUCUCAUCUCGGCGGAGGUUUAGCGAUGAAGAGCUUGGUGGCCUUCCACUCCCAGCUAGCCGCUAUCAUGGAGGCUCUGACCCGGGCCGCCGUGGCGGAGAUCAGCGAGCUGGUGGAAGAGAGCUACACCGUCCUCCAGAUGGAAAUCAGCCGCAGCAGCCAGGAGAAUGAAGCCCUGAGGAGGAAGCUCGACCUCAUUGAGACCAUCGUCGCCCCGGAACAUGGCGGCGGAGGGGUCGCCGUGCUGGGCCCUGAAAGCCCGCAGGAACCCGGAGGCGAGGCGGGCUACUUGACCGCUGUGUGUGUGACAUCAUCACGAGUUGCAAAGUCACCAAGCCUUGAGAGACGUAGUAGGCGGGGCUUGUCAUCAGCACCAACGGCAGAGACCAGAGAGAAGGAUGUUGUUGUGGUCAAACAGGAAGUUGCUAGCGACACAACUAGCCAGCUGCUUGUGGAUGAGGACGGAGCGAUGAUGCAGCCAUCGCCAGCUGACCUUCAGGGUGGGCCCUCGGGUAUGUUCGCCCCUCCCGCUGCUGAUCUGAAACCUUGGGAACAAAACAGCGACACAAACCCGGUCGAGCCUCACAAUUUUGUGAGCGUUCCUGGGUCUCCGGCUUUUGCAGGUUCCGUCAGGGACAUCUCAAACGUGUUUGAUUUGGCCUCGGGGUCAGACGAAAAAGCGUCAGUAGCAGCGAGGAGGUUCCCGGCAGGAGGUCUGGCAACCGGCGAACCGAACCAAGCCGUGUCUCUGCACGGUGACGCCACCGAGCAGGAUCUUUGUAGUCCAUGGGGCAAUCAGGGCCUGGCAAGCAUGUUGGCGGUCUGUCACAGGCGGCAUUCGGAACCAGACCGCCGUUCAAUGGCGCUGGAAAAAAUGUCUGACAUGACCACAACCUUUCCUCUGGGGCUAGGCCUGGCUGCGCACAGACUUGAGGCCGUGGACCAGAACCACCUCUGCAGGGACAGACGCUUCGUCUGCAACUACUGCGGCAAACGCUUCACAUCCUCACGGAGCCUCGAGACGCACGAACGCGUCCACACGGGCGAGCGUCCAUAUAGCUGCAGUCAGUGCGGGAAGCGCUUCACGCAGUCUGGUCACCUAAAGACCCACCAAAGCGUCCACACGGGGGAGCGACCCUUUGCUUGCCAGUACUGUGCCAAGAGGUUUGCUGGCAAACAGAACCUGCGCAUCCACCUGCACAAACACCACCCGGCAGAGCCAGAGCAACCAAACUCCCAACAGCAGGAAGGAUAAGCCUCCUUCCUGGUGAAACUUGCCAAACUAAAUCUUCUGACGCUUUUAUGAGGAACUUCAAUUCUUGGACUUAUUGUAGACCUUUACCCAUCUUGUUGGACCUUACUUCAUACAACGUGGAACCUUUUUGUGGGUGCCACCUGCUCAGCCCUCACAAGGUUGUUGAAUACUGAGAACAGGGUUUCUGCAGGUCAUUAAAAAGGAUUCCAAGUCAUUAAAUUGAUUUUGUGAAAAUAAAAGUCUUGAAUGGCAUUAAAAAACAUCACAUACUUGCAAUAAAUAUUUUUAAACAAUUGCAAUUAAUGAGGCAGUACGGUGGUGAAGGGUUAGUGCAUCUGCCUCACAAUACGGAAGUCCUGAGUUCAAUCCCGGGCUCGGGAUCUUUCAGUGCGGAGUUUGCAUGUUCUCCCCGUGGCUGCGUGGGUUCCCUCCGGGUACUCCGUCUUCCUCCCACCUCCAAAGACAUGCACCUGGGGAUAGGUUGACUGGCAAUACUAAAUGGUCCUUAGUUUGUGAAUGUUGUCUAUCUGUGUUGGCCCUGUGAUGAGGUGGCAACUUGUCCAGGGUGUACUCCGCCUAUCGCCCGAAUGCAGCUGAGCUAGGCUCCUACAACCCCAAAAGGGACAAGCGGUAGAAAAUGGAUGGUGGAUGCAAUUGAUGACAAAACAAACCACCAGACCCAGUUUUUUUUAAUUGGGGAUAAACUGCACUUCAAGAUGUUCAAUAUUUUUUGAAGUGCAAUUUCUGCCAAUAAAUACUUUUAUUUAUCAA